GUGAGUUUAUAUUAAAACGUUGUUGGCGAUAGUUCGUUUUCUUGUUUCUUGCUAAUAAAUAAUUGACAAAAUGUGGCUUUUUCAAGAUCUAGAUUUUAUUUUAUUAUUUAAUGCUCUUUCGAAGUUCAUGAUUCUUUCGUUAAACGACGAUGAAUCGAUGAUGUCUGAUUCGAAUACGAUUAAGGAAAUAACUUUUUCGCCCUAUCAAAUAGAGUUAGCAGACGCUUUAAGGGUCGAUAUGUUUCCGAAUGAAUUUAAUUUUGGAGUUUCCACGUCGGCCUAUCAAACGGAAGGUGCUUGGAACAAAGACGGCAAAGGAGAAUCCAUAUGGGAUUAUAUGACACAUCUACGUAAUCAAAAUUUUAUUUAUGAUCAAAGUAAUGCCGACGUUGCUGCUGAUUCUUAUCAUAAUUACAAGAAGGAUAUAAAACUUGCUAAACAAAUAGGCAGUAAAAUGUAUAAAAUUUCAAUAUCGUGGCCAAGGAUUAUGCCAGAAGGUUUACACGGUCGUGUAAAUUUAAAAGGUAUUCAACAUUAUGAACGUGUCAUUAAUGAAAUCAUCGCGAAUGGAAUGACACCAAUGGUGACAUUGUUUCAUUGGGAUUUGCCUUAUACACUGCAACAAAUAGGUGGAUUGUCAAAUCCAUUGAUCAUAGAUUUUCUCGUUCAAUACGCGAUGAUUGCUUUUGAUUUGUUCGGCGACAAAGUGAAAUAUUGGGUAACGGUAAACGAACCAUCCGUCUUAUGUCAAUAUGGAUACGGAAGUGAUACCAUGAUACCUGCAUUAAAUCUAUCUGGAAAGGCUGAUUAUAUUUGUGGGCAUAAUCUAUUAUUAGCUCAUGCAGGAAUUUACGAAGUAUAUCAAAAAAAAUAUUAUGAGAAACAAAACGGUAAAGUAGGUAUUGUUCUCAAUUUGAAAUGGUUCUUACCGAAGAAUACUAAGUCAAUCGAUGAUAACUUAGCCGCAGAAAGAGCGUUUCAAUGGUGGAACGGAUGGUUUCUUAAUCCAUUAUUUAGCGAGGAGGGUGAUUAUCCGGAAUUGAUGAAGAAAAUGAUUAGCCAGAAUAACUCCUCAAGAUACUUAUAUUCGCGUUUGCCCAGUUUCGAAUUUUACGAAAUUCAACAGGUUCAAAAAUCGGCUGAUUUUCUUGGCAUUAGUUUCGGCGGCAAUACUUUAGUACGUAGCUCUCAGCCAAAUCCUAAUGAGGUAUCCUUUCAAAAUGAUGCUCAAAUAACAGAGUUACCUAUAAACUCGCAAAAAGAAGAUUCUGUUAAAAUUGAACCAUUGACACUCGCGAAAAUUUUGAAUCGCAUAGACACCAACUAUCAAUUACCACCAAUCAUUAUAACCGAAAUUGGCUAUAUGGACGAUGGAAAGAUCGAAGAUAUAGCUAGAUCUAUCUACCAUCACAAACACUUAUCCGUAGUUUUAAAAGCUAUGAAAGAUGGUAUCGACAUUCGUGGCUAUCUACUUCGUUCUUUCUUCGACAGCUUCGAGUGGAUGAUGGGUUAUACAGUUAAAUCUGGUAUAUUCAGCGUGGACUUUACGAACAAAAAUCGUACACGGCAUCCUAGAUUAUCGACGGUAGUUAUAAACGAUAUUUAUAAGAAGAAAUUUAUUCGAACUUUGAAGGAUAUUUAUGGUCGCGAAAUAAAAUAUCCUGAAAUGAAUUGAUAAAUCAUCGUAAUUAGAUAUACAAUAAUUAAUUUAAUGUAUAAAUAAAACGUUAUGAGAAAUAAAAAUGUUUAUUUAAAUAAAAAA